AUGUUUCUGCAUGUUUCUGUGCCGGAGACCGCCUGGCUGCCCGAGACUCAGCGUGCCGUUUCCUCUGUCGCGAGUUGUUGGCGGGUUGGCCAGCUGUUGCUGCGGGCGGUGGGCCUGUGUGUGUGUGUGAUGACGCAGCUUCGUACGUCCAACGCAAUCCCAUUGUCGGGGUCUGGAAAGCGUGUGAGCUUGGUCGAUCUGGGGCAACAGGCGCCCGAGGAGUUUAGCUGUCUUGGCAGCCGGCGCCGCGCGGCUCCUUAUGACAAUUGGCGCGCGCGCCACGCGCCGCAAACUUGGCCUGGAAAUUGGGAGGAGGUUUGGUGA